GAAACUGAAGCAGUAAAUGGAAUUCAGUCAUCAUUAAUUUUAGUAUUUACACCUGUGCUUUCCCUACUGUGACAUGUCAAAAUGUCUUCCAUGAAUGGAAUAAUAACCAAAAUGACAAUGUGUCCUAACAAGAAUGUAUUUUAUUUUUUACUAGACAAUGAGUCGAAUGCUGUGCACCACACGCUUAUGUCAUACACAAUACUUGUGUAUAGCUGAAGAUGAAGAAAGCAAUGUUGUGUUGGCAAAGAAGGGUAUGAUGUUAUGUUGUAUAUAAACAGACAUAGGAGCACUAAAGGGCAAGGCAAGAGUUAUUAAAUUAAAUGAGCAAGGAUUUAGGCAUAUUAGAAUAGAGUUUUCUAUCUGUUCUAUUACUUUUUUUUUCCAUACAUUAUAGUGACUUAAAACAUUUGACAAAAUAACAAAUAAAAAAAGGAAAAGAGGGGUGGAUGCUUUUACAAGUAUGAAUAUAAUAUUUACCCAAAAUAAUAAGGUUGAUUACAUUGGUGAUGUUAGCAUUCAGUGUAUCCAUAUAAUAAAUAACAUUGUAUGUAAAUGAGGGAAGAUUGUCAAUUUUCAAAGACAACCAGCUGUGGACAUCGGACCAAAAAAAUAAAUGUUCAGGUUUCCACCUCUGAGGAAUUUGAGCGACUUUUAAACAUGGUAAGAAGAGUAUGAACAUAGAAUAUAAUAUAUUGUUUUGGAUCAUUUUGAGUACGGGUGAUGGUAUUGCUUUACACAUUUUUCCAUAUUCUAUUCUUGCCGUAGAUACUUUGUACUUUGUGUUUAAUUCUUCAAAUGUUUACAGGCUAACCUGUAUUCAGUAAACCAUAAACAAAAGUUAGGCCAUCAUCAUACCAGUCGGCUAUGGUAAUACACAUAGAUUGUUCUAUAUCUAUGGUAAUACAUCUGUUGUUCCAUAAAAUGGUGUUGUGUGAAGAAAAAUUAUAUUGGAUAUUCACUGAGUAAAUAAAGAGUAAGAGUCCACCUCAGGAUAUCUACCUUUAGGCCUGAAGGGGAGCAUACGCAGGGUCAGUUUAUCAGAUUCUGUGACAUGAAAAGGUAUUGCUGAUGUACAUUGAUUAUAUAAGCAUUCUUUACAUAAAUCACAAAGUUUUGAUUAAUUAACAACAUAGUCGUACCAGAUUGGUUGCUAUAGUAACCGCCGCUUGUUUUAGCAUACAUAUGGAACGCAUGCGCUAAGGAAAAUGUCUACCUCAGGUUUUAUCCUUGGGUUUUAUAAUACAUCCAUGACCUAGCCAGAACCAUUUCUCUAUCACUCUGGACCUAGCUAGCUAAUCCAACUAUUUGGACCAUAAAUAUAUAUAUAUAUUUUUUUAUAUAUUGAACGAUAAAACGAAUACGUGCGGGGCAAUAGCUAAGCAGUGACGUGCUCACGGAGUAAGUGAUAGUGGGAAGUAAAAGGACCAGUACAGCAUCACACAAGACUUUCCAAUUGAGGACAUCUGUACGCAACUGCCAGCCAUCUUCAAAGAUGUCUGAAUAUCUGAUGAGAGGGUUUAGGGCCCAGGUGACCACAAGCAUGGACUCAGUCCUGAGGAGAGCUGUGUUUGAAAUUAUGAUGAUCUUUGAGAACAGCGUACAUGACCAUCAAAAGGAGCUGGCGCAGAAAGGAGAAGAGAUUGCUCACCUCAAAAUAAAGUUACAGAGAGCAGAGCUCAAGCUGAAAGAAAGUGAGUGUGGAGGUGACAGAGAGGCGGACAUGAGUACAUUUACGAUCAAUGAAACGCAAAGAGAGCCUGAAGAUGUUCUGACCGCCCCUGGACAAACGUCUGAUGUUCCUGAGAUUGAUUUUGAAGUACCUGACGACUGGUGUGCUCCCCUGGGCUGCGAGACUGUGGCCAAGCAAGAAGAAAGCGUGUGUCCCAGCAUAAGACUGCGAAAGCUGUCCAUUCCACUGUGGCCCAUUCCAAUCAUCAAGCAGGAGGUGGUUAACUGUGACAUUGAUGACUCUCAUCAGCAAACGGAGGGUCUCAGACGAUCCAGGAGAGGUUCCUCAUUAAACGAGGGGCACAAACACAUGGACAGAACCUUACCAAUGCGCGGCCGAGGAACUCGACGUCCACCAAUGAGAAACGACAUGAGACAGUUACUUGAAGAUAUCAAACAGGAAUAUACUGACCUGACAGGCAAUGCAGGUCAUAGAGGAAAAGGGAGAAAUGUAACCGGAAAAGAGCAAGAAAAUACAACGAAGAGCAAAAAAGAGAAAAGAAAGACCGCAGCAACUGAGUCUCGAGAAAAGGAGAUGGUGAAAAAUGGUGGUGAAAAGAGCUACUCCUGCAAGUUUUGUAAGAAGGUAUUUGAUACACCGUUUGGCCGAAGUGUGCAUGUACGAUCGCACAAGAAGUGUCGAGGUUGCAAAAAAGAAUACCGUUUUCCGAGUGCUCUUCAGUUGCAUAAACAAACUUGCAAAAAACUCAAGCAAUUGUUGGCAAAACAAGCUGAGUCCACUAACCCUCCAAAACUUGAGUCCUGUGAUGAAGAAAACCCGACUGCACCAAGCAAAAAACAGCUGAUCGAUGAGAAGGAAAGCCCACCUUUCUCUAGCAACAUCAGUGAAUCAUCUAUCCAGAAAGACAGGUCCACCAAAAAAAACUCCUGUGUAUACUGCAACAAGACGUUUCAUAGACGUUCGAAGCUGAAAGAGCAUGUGCGUGUUCAUACUGGCGAGAGGCCAUUCCCUUGCGACAUGUGCUCAAAGAAAUUCCGCGUUAACCAGGCACUCAAAAAGCACAUCAUGAGAAUCCACAAAGACCAAAUGAAUUCCAGUGAGACUAAUGAAAACGUUGCAUCGACCGAGCCUUUAGAGGAUACUGAAGACGAUCAAGAGGAUUUGAGGUCUCCAAAGAAAGACACAAGUCUAGCAAUCAACCAUAACAAUGUUCAGAGAGAUUGCAGUUCAGACACGAGGCCGAGUCCAGGAUGGCAAACCAUGGGCAGACGCUGCCCUGAUGGUUUCAUCUGCUUAUUGUGUCAGAAGGUCUCGAAAAGCAAAUACCGGAUGAUUGAACACUUUCGCACCCACACAGGAGAGAAGCCCAUCAAAUGUGAGCGGUGUCCUGCAGUGUUUCGCUUUCGUGGACAGCUAAGCUUACACAAGAAAAAGUGCCGUCAGCCUAUGGAAGGGACCCAGUGUGCGAAGUGUGAGAAGAUAUUCCGCUCACAAGCAAAGUACAAUAAGCAUGUGUCUAAGUGUCGCCGUGACUUGCCCAUUCUCUGCAAGGUUUGCGGAAAAGGCUUCUUCUAUAAGGGACGCCUUGAGAACCAUAUGGAGCGUUACCAUAAGUAAGCCAGUAUACAGUUAGCAUUGCCUAUCUGUGGACAUUGAAGCACUGGAUGUUGUCAUUUAUGCUCUUACUGAUUGAUGGUGGGGGUUUUCCCUGCAGUUAACCUUCUUAUAUUCUGUUGUUUUCUAUUUUGAGAUUAUAUAAUAUAAUUAUAUGAAUCAUAUAAGUAUUCCCCAUCUGACAAAUUCUAAAACUGUACUGUAAAACAAGUAAUACAAAAUCCGGUGUAGUUGGCAUUGUCAUUUCAAUCUAAAAGAAGAGCCCAAAUGUAAAACAACAGUGUCUCUAUCCAUUUAAUGAGGGGUCAGGUUCACCACCAAGCACCCUUUUUCUACUAUUAUCAUUUAUUUGUUUUAAUGUCAUUUUAUGUUGAGAUAGUGACACUGAUAAACAGGGUGUUUUGGCUGAUUCAUUGAAAACCUGUCAGUUGAAGGUAAAUGCAAUAUUGCCUUAAAGCAGAUCUGCUCUCUGACUACAGUAUUAGCCGCAAUGGUCUAAUAGACGCUAAAAGAGUGGCCUCGGUAGAAGCUGUAUUAUAAAAUCUCCACCUGUUGAAAAUCUGUUACCUUACAUUACACAAUAUAUCAAAACCACCAACCCUGUUUUUGUAUUUACUGAAGGUAAAUGUUCAGUUAUCUGCACGUAUUUGUCUACUGUUUGCCUUAAUUACAGAUUGCGCUGUUUAGUAUCAAGUCUGUCAUUCAAACAAUGUUUCAGAUCACCCCGGAGUGUCUGAAUAGUCAACUCUUGAGGACUUCUUACUUUCAAAGUUAUGUUGUUAUGUUAUCUGAUGCUUGAGUCCUGAAACAAGCCUGAACAAAAGUGAACAUAUUUUACGGUUUCAACAGUUUCAACUGUUGUUUUUUAUUCUGUAGGGGUUGUAUUCAAUGAUCCACAUGGAGACAAUGAUUUAGAUGGUUUACAAGCCUACUCUUCUGUAUUUUCUUUAAUAAAGUAUUAUAGUGUAGCUAGACUUGUACAUUGUCAACAUUUCCCCAAUAAAAUCCAUACUUUAUA